AUGCCCCGCGGCGCCUUCGUCAAUCACGCUUCGCCUCUGACACCACUUGCUGGCAUUCGCGCAGCUCCACCCGACGCCGAGGUAGAAGAGUUGGCCGCACAGAUCGACGUCGUUAUCUGCGUCGCGGGGUACGCUUUUGCAGAAGAAGGCGAGUAUGUCAUCCCUGCAUUACAGGAUAUCCCUGCCUUCCGAGCCGUCCUCCCAUCCCCAAAGACCGACGAGGACCGCAAGACUGUCGCCAUCCUAGAAGGCAAGUCCAACAGCAGCGGCGACAUCACAGCCGGAGCUGGCGGUGACCGCAUCUCGCUACGGCUCCGCGAAGAAGACGAGAAGCUUAUCGCUACAGUGGCGGCAAAGAACAGCAAGACUGUGGUCUCGAUUGUUACUGCCGGAGCGGUUAUCGUCGAAGCAUGGAAUGAUAAGGUCCCCGCGAUACUGAUGAGCUGGUACAGCGGAUCGGAAGGCGGACAUGCCCUUGCUGACGUUCUCCUGGGAAAGGUCGAUGCCAGUGGCCGACUACCCUUGUCCAUCCCAACAGAGGAAGCACAUCUACCAUUCUUUGAAAGGGAUGCCACGGAGAUCCAUUACACGUUCCCGUUUGGAUUCGGGCUGUCCUCUACAACGUGGAAAGUCGAAAAUGCGACAGCAAGCAGGGAAGACCCCCGAAGUAUCGAAGCUAUCAAAGUUAGCUUCAAGGUUACGAACACGGGCAAUCGAGCGGGACGCUUCAUCGCACAGGCAUAUGGCAUGGCCGCGGUUGAAGAGUUCCCCAGACGGGUUCUGCUGGGUUUCGCGCCUGUUGAUGUGGAAACAGGGCAGAAUGCCAAUGUUACUAUUGAGGCUUCGUUUCGGCCUAUCCAGCAGUGGAGCUCUGGCACUUGGAGUCUCCGAACAAAGGAGUUGGGAAUUGAGGUUGCCAGGUUUGCGGGAGAUGGGGAGUGUGCAAAGACCACAAUCUCUUUGUAG